AUUUAAGCAAUUGAUUCAAAGAAAAACAGCCUACGAUAUUAACAAACUCUUUAACUCUAGUGACUCUAUAUCUCCUUUUUCCUUCGUUGCAUGUCUCGCCCCCUUCAAAUAUUUCUUUAACUACUUUAACUUACACUCACAACAACAUAACUUCUUAUGUUAUAAUUUCCUUUAGCCGACCGAAAUCGAAUCCGAAACUCUCAUAUUUAAAUAACUUACAUCAUUAACCACAACAGCAAAACUCGGUCAGAUUCGAAUCCGACACUCUCAAUCUUGAAAACUAUAUAAGGGCACGCGAUUAUUUUGUGUGUGUCCUCCUUGGUCAUACUUGUCGAUGAAGAAAUACAAUUCGAGCUUUACUUUUUUUUCUUUCCAUAUUCUUCUGUUUACUAUUUUCAUUUGUAGUCCAAUAUGCAAAUCACAAGAUACAGAUGGUUUAUGUGCAUUAGCUUAUUGUGGGGAAGGGAUAUGUAAGAAUAUCAACAUUUCAUCAAUAAUACCAAGUUUUGAAUGUGAAUGCAAACCUGGUUGGAACAAGGUUCAAAUUGGUCUUGUCACCUUCCCUUCUUGUUUAAUUCCUAACUGCACGGUGGACUUGCAAUGUGGAAAUGGAUCACCGCCGCCUCCGCCUCCUCCUAUCGCUCUGCCGACGCUAAAUUUUACUGACCCCUGCAACUUAAUUUGGUGUGGCGAAGGUAGCUGCAAGCCUAAUGCCAAUGGAACAAGGCACACGUGUCAGUGCAAUGAAGGCUCAGCAAAUUUAGUGAAUAAUACUGAAAUGCCUUGCUUUCAAAAAUGUUUCCUUGGAGCAGAUUGCAAUAAUCUUGGAUUACUUCCACCAGCUCCGCCAUCACCCAUUAAUUCAGGUUCGAAAAAUGAAUCACCACCACCACCACCACCACCACCACCACCACCGAGUUCCUCCGACUCGGAUGGACCGGGUCCAUCAAAAGCGUUAAGUUCUUGGAGGAGUCUCCCUCUUGGUGCACUAAUCAUGAUUUUUCUGGCAGCAACAUUGGCUUAACUAGGGGAGAACAUAAUAAUAUAAUUUCUUUUAUUUUAUCACUCAAAGUAUUAUAGAUAUAUUUAAAUUGGCUCCCAAAUAGAUUCUCAUUUAAUUUUUUAUCUUUCUAUUUUGCAACUCAAGAUUAUAAUUAGUGUUGUUAUGCUCUUGUAAAA